CCGCGAGGGGCGGGAGAAGGAAGCGGAAGUGUUGGCGGCCGGGGUGGGGGCAGGCCACCUGGUCAAUCGGUGGUCCGGGCCCUCGUCCCGUGCCAUGGAGGGCUGCAGCGAGCCGCGACUGGAUGCGAAGUCCGAGGUCACCAACCAGCUUGUAGAUUUUCAGUGGAAGCUGGGUAUGGCCGUGAGCUCGGACAGUUGCAGAUCUCUUAAGUAUCCUUAUGUUGCAGUGUUGCUGAAAGUGGCAGAUCAUUCAGGCCAAGUAAAGAACAAGUCCUUUGAAAUGACAAUUCCACAAUUUCAGAAUUUCUACAGACAGUUCAAGGAAAUUGCUGCAGUUAUAGAAACUGUGUGAAAACUGAUUACUUGGCUGAUAAAUUACUACCAUCAUCCUAAAAUCAUGGACUUCACUUCCUGUAACAAAACUGUAUAAAGGUCAAAUGGUAUUUAUUGAACGAAAAUUGUACUUUUGUUUUUCCAUUUUUUAAUAAUAAAAAAAUUAGGCAAACAGGAA